GGCGGAAAACUGAUGCAACAGUUUAUUGUCGGUGCCUAUUUGAAAAUUGAAGCAAACCGCAUCAGCUAUUUCGUUCACAAUCAGGACCUCUUGAGAACGGAAGAGUAUUACGGUUUGGUCGAUUAUUUGCAUAAUCGUGCCGAACGGGACAACGUCCCGUUUGGCAGAAUGAUCAUCUUGCCGUCGACAUUUGAGAUGUCUUCAAGAAAUCAAAUGCAAAGAUUUCAGGAUGCGAUGGCCGUGGUUUCCGAGAUGGGUUGUCCGUCAUUUUUCAUCACAAUGACAUGCAAUCCAAAAUGGCCGGAAAUUGUUGAAAAUCUGCUGGAUGGCCAAGAGGCCAUCAACCAUCCUCUUUUGGUCGCCAGAAUUUUCAAAAUGAAACUUGACGAUUUGAUUGUAGAUUUGACUGAACGUCACGUCAUGGGCGUGUGCAUUUCGUUCCUCUACGUUAUCGAGUUUCAAAAACGGGGUCUUCCACACGCACACAUUCUCAUCACGUUGCGUAACGAAGACAAACCGCUCGAUCCUUUCAGAAUCGAUCAACUGGUUUGUGCUGAAUUGCCUGAUUCAGAAAUAGAACCAGAAUUGUACCUCUUGGUUGGGAAACACAUGGUGCAUGGCCCCUGUGGUCAACACGAUCCAACCGAGGUUUGCAUGGUAAACGGAGAGUGCAUCAAAAAGUUCCCAAAGUAUUGGUUCAACAAUACUACAAUCCGGAACGGCAGAGUUUACUAUCGUCGUCGGCGUCUAAAUGGUCGAACAAUUCAAAUUCGACGCAACAACCAUCAUUACGUUGUAGAUAGCCGAUUUGUGGUACCGUAUAAUCCAUACUUGCUUCUCAAGUAUCGGACGCACAUCAACAUUGAAGCGUGCACUUCUACAGGUACCGUAAAAUAUUUGUAUAAAUAUUUUUUUAAGGGUCCCGAUCAAGGCGUAUUUCGCAUUGUCGAAAAUCGAAACGCUGAAAACGAUGGGGGGGAACAACUUGAAAUGCGCUAUGACGAAAUUCGGUCGUACCUAAAUGGCAGGUACAUGACACCACCCGAAGCAAGUUGGCGCAUUUUGAAAUUUCCAAUGCACACGAAUUCUCAUCACGUGUACAGAUUGGCAAUUCACCUUCCGGGACGACAAAGAGUCGUUUUCAGACGAGGUGAAGAACAAGCGGUUGUCAACAGAGGACCUGUAAACACGGAGUUGACAGGAUGGUUUGAAUUGAACCGUGACAACCCUCAAGCGAGACAAUUUUUGUAUCGUGAGAUUCCAUAUCAUUUUGUUUGGAACAAGAGUCACAAACGAUGGACUCCACGUCAAAGACUCAUGGGCAAGAUAAUCUCUCGAAUGUACAAUGUCUCCGUACGAAACGGAGAAUUGUACUAUUUGAGGGUUCUCUUGCUUAGAGUUCGUGGCGCAACAUCGUUUGAAUCAUUACGAAUUGUUAAUGGUGUGGUUUGUGAUUCAUUUCAGGAGGCGUGUCGACAACUCAAUUUGCUUGCCGAAGAUCGUGAGUGGAUACGAUGUUUGACCGAAGCAAGCGAAAAAGACAUGCCCAAACAGAUGCGUCAAAUGUUUGCAUACAUUUUGUUGUUUUGCCAAGUUGACGAUCCAGUCCAGUUGUGGAACGAUUUCAAACGUUUCAUGAUGGAAGAUUUCACACGCCGAGACCGAAUGGAAGAGCGCGAAGCUGAAAUCAGAGCGCUUCAAAAAAUCCAAUUCAUUUUGAUGAUAAACGGUCGACGUUUGUCACAAUUCGGUCUUGAGGAUCCACCAGAAUUCAGACCAAAUCUGGUAGAGGACGAUAUCGACCAAGUUCGUGAAAGAGAGAUCGGUGAAACGAUGCUCGAACGAUUGAAUGUCGAUCAACGCAACGUCUUUGAUGUAGUGAUGAGGGCAAUUGAAAACAACAAUGAAGCCCGUCGCUACUUUUUCGUCAGCGGUGCAGCAGGAACAGGAAAAACUUUUCUGUACAAUACGCUGAUCACAGUUUUGAACGGACGUGGAGAGAAAGUUGUUGCCAUUGCUUGGACUGGCAUUGCAGCAGCCCUUCUUAAACACGGAAGAACUGUCCACAAUCGUUUUAAACUUCCCGUUCCCAUCGUCGAAAAUUCAACAUCAAUGUUGACAGCACGAUGUGAAGAAACGAGAUUCAUUCGUGAGGCAAAACUCAUCAUUUGGGAUGAAAUCACGACGACAACACGAAACGCAUUUGAAUUGGUCGAUCGAACACUCAAAGACAUUUGUCAAAAUGAUCGACCUUUUGGAGGAAAAUGCGUUAUUCUCGGAGGAGAUUUCAAGCAAUGUCUUCCUGUCGUUCCAGACGGCGAUCGAGCAACCAUCGUUGCACAUUGCAUCAAAUCGAGCAUUCUUUGGCGUCUGUUUGAAAACAUUCAGUUGAACAUCAACAUGAGAGUACGACCAGACGAAAUUGCCGCAUGUUAAUUUCGAUAAUGUCAUUUUUGAAAAUGAACCACCUCAGUUUCGACGUG